AUGCCAUCUCGUAGUCCUCGUUCGCGUAGUCGAAGUCCUUCAAAAAAACACAAAAAAAGUCAUAAACGAUCACGAAAAUCUAAAGAUAGAGAUUCAUCAUUAUCAUCGAAUAUUUCAAAUAAAAAAGAAGAAAUAAAUAAUGGAAAUGAUAAUAAUUCAGUUAACAAGUCACAAAAUUCUUCAGUAAUGUUAUCAUCAUCUUUUCCUGCUAAAAUAGAAUUACAAGAAGAAGAAAUAACAAUAAAAACACCAACAGGAGAUGAAUCACCAGGUACAAAUUUUGUAUUUUAUUUUAAAAUAUUAAUAAAAAAAAAUUUUCUUUUAGCUGAUUCAAUAAAUUCGAAUACACAAAUUAGAAAACCACGCAAACGACGUUGGAUGGGUGAUGAAACUGAAAAAGUUUUUUUACCUAAUAUGCCAACAACAAUUUCAACCACGAAUAUGACAGAAGGACAACAAAAAAUCUAUAUUUUACAACUACAAGUUGAAGAAUUAACUCGUCGUUUAAAAAUGAAUGACUUAAAUAUUUCAUCCAAUCCUGAAAACAGAUCUCCAUCACCUGAACCAAUUUAUGAUCAACAAGGAAAACGACAAAAUACUCGUGAAGUUCGUACAAGACGUAAAAUUGAAGAACAACGCCAUCAAUUUAUUACAGAAUUAAUUAUACUAAAUCCAGAUUAUAAACCUCCAGGAGAUUAUAAACCUCAACAAAUGAAAUAUACGGAUAAAGUAAUGAUUCCACAAGAAGAUCAUCCAGAUGUAAAUUUUGUUGGUUUAAUCAUUGGACCACGUGGUAAUACACUUAAAAUGUUAGAAAAAGAGACAAAUGCAAAAAUUAUUAUUCGAGGUAAAGGAUCUGUAAAAGAUGGAAAAAUGGGUAUAGUUAAGCAUGGUCCAUUGCCAGGUGAAGAUGAACCAUUACAUGCUUAUAUUACUGGUAGCUCAACUGAAAUAGUUGCCAGAGCAGUAGAAAAAGUUCAAGAAAUAAUAAAUAAAAGUAUUGAUGCACCAGAAGGAUUAAAUGAAUUACGUAAACAACAACUUCGACAAUUAGCUUUACUUAAUGGAACAUUACGUGAAAAUGAUUGUCUUAUUAAACUGAAUUUGAUGAAUGAAGCAGAAAAAAUUGUUACAAAUACAAUAAUAUGUACAGUUUGUGGUGGAGCUGGUCAUUUAACAAGUGAUUGUAAAUUUCGUAAGAAACCGGAUGGUGCUUAUACGGAAUUAAAUUCGGAAGCAUCACUUGCAAUUAAUGGAAAUCGACAAGAACAACAAAAACUUGAUUGUGAAUAUCAAUCAUUAAUGAAUGAAUUAAUGGGUAAAAAAAAUCCAAAUCCAAAUACUUUAUCAUUAGAUGAUCAACGAAAUUUAAUGACUGGAUCGAAAACAACUGGACCUACAUUAGCUAUUACAGGUGGAACAUCUUCAUCAAUAAUCGAUGGUAAUAGAACUGUUCCAACAGUUGGUACAGUUUCAUUUAAUAGUAAUGGUUCAAUGAAUACGAACAAUAAUCAUAAUCCCCCUUCAUUAAUGUCAUUUAAUCCAAAUAAUAAUCCAUCGAAUAAUCCAUUAAGUCAUUCAAACACAUCAUUUAGUUCAAUAGGUCCUCGUUAUAAUAAUAAUGAUGUAUUCGAUGGUUAUCAUAUUUUACGAGGAACAAAUCGAAAUAAUAAUAAUAAUAAUAAUAAUAAUAAUUAUUCAUCAUAUAUUGAACGUGAUUCUUAUCGAGCUCAACAUAUUCCAGCUUUAAUGAUAAAUGGAGGAAAUGCAAAUAAUAAUCCUUCACCAAUAUCAUGGUCAAAUUCUCAACAGCAACAAAAUUAUUCAAAUCAACAACAAUGGAAUCAAUAUAAUGCUGCAAUGUAUUAUCAAAAUGCAUAUCAACAACAAUAUUAUCAAAAUAAUAAUCUUGCUUUUACACCUCCAUUACCUAGAGCACCUCCUCCACCGCCACCACCACUAUAA